GAACUAGCGGCCACCAUCGAGUACCGAGCCGAGCGGAGUAGUAGGGCAGUGAACACUCGGCAGUGCACGGCGGCGUGUCGUGGCUAUAUCGCGCGUCCGCUCCGCAGUUGGAAGUUGAAAAAUAGUGAAAGUUGUUGCCAUAAUGACGAGUCUCGUUUGCAUCUGUGUUCGCGUUCGUCAUCGAAUGCGAGUUGGAUAAUGAAAAGCAUUACUUUUGUCUCAACCUGUACGAUUACCAUCAGCAUCAGCGCCAGUUCGCCAGUACCGUCGACCAUCGACCAUCUUACGUGAUUGUUGCGGCGUUCAAAGUGUAUGUGCGUAUCGUAGAUAGGUAUAUAUCGCGAAUCUGUAUACCUUGUGGCUGUGCUUGGCCACUGGCCAAGUGGCCAGAUCUUUUGUUUGCUUCGCGUCUUGUGUGACGUUUUCGAUCAAAGCAAUUUGUUAAGUGCGUCUGCAGAGCUUGGCGACAAGCACGCGAGUGAGGACCCACUUGUCUGCUGGGAUCAUCCACCACAACAGACGAACAGUACCUAGUGCCAGACAGAGAGUCCAGCAGUCUACGAGCACAUCCACUUGAUAGUUGUUGAGAAAAACGCAGAGAAAAGUGACAACCGAUAACCGAUGUCCGAUGACCGCGUGGACGUAUUGCAAUGCAGCCGAACCCAUGCACGUGCAGACGCCACCGCAGCCGUCCAAAUACACGCGCUCGCACUCCGAUUGGCUAUUGCAUCAGCAGCGGCAACCGUCGGCGUCGUACCGAAGCCGAAAGUCCUUCGUGAGCACAGAUGGCGGCUGCCAUGGUCACACCGAUCCUGCUCCUGCAUCUGCACCUAAAGCCAUCGUGCAUCCGCCAUCUUUCAGAAAUUCCGCCGCUGCACGACAAGUUUCCAUAUGCGCCGGCACCGGAUCGACUCGCAGUACAAUUUAUAUCGUCUCCGAUGAACCGAAUCUAUGUCAAUAUGAGCGUAACUUGUCGCGAAAGCAACUCACCAGUGACGACGGCGACAGCUUGCAUAAAAACGUCACUGUUUUGCGAUCGGUGUUGUAUUUGAUGCCGAAUUACGAAGCUCAAGAGAUCAGUACGUUGUUUACGGCAGACGACGCUAAUGCUGAUGGAUUUGGCGAUGGUUUGACCAAUUUGAAAAUGUACCACAAAGAAAGCACUGCUGCCGGCGGCGAUUAUUUCCACGAAGACCUGUGCGAUGAUUUCGACGACACGUCAUCCGAAGACAAUGAUUAUCCAUCGCCAGAAAAAGCCCACCGUUCACCUCCUCCAAGUUCGCGAGCUAUGGAUAAGAAUUCAUUGCCGAACGUUCCAUCAUCGCAAAACAUUCACGAAUUCAUGAAGAAAGCCAGGAAAACUGUGAGGAAAAGUUUGAGCUCGCUCAAUCAGCAGAUGCGAAGAAGCAGCAUGCAGGUACACAAUGUUAUCACCACCGCCAGGUCACAGUCUCAGCCACAGCUGCCCAUUCAAGACCAGAUCCAAGAUAAAGCAGGCUCGCAAGGUAGUCAAAGCGACAAUCAUUCGAACGGUGCCUUGGCGAAAUUGAAAAAUGCCACCGGCUCGGUACGAUGGACGUCAAUCAAAACCAAACUACGACCAAAAUAUUCGACCGUCAGUGCGGCCAAUGCUCCUUCAAUUUUCUACUUGAAUCCGGAAGACCUUCGUUUCAACGUACCCACCAAUAAAAAAAAUGAUGAUGCGAAUGCCUUCGAAAGAGAUGGAGAAAAAUUAACGCCUCGUAUGCGAAGAAGAACCACUUGCUUGGAUUUUAAUGCGACCAGACCUCGGCCGUCAUCUCCACCUCCGCCACCACCUGUUUGUACUGGCGCAGCUCCUGCCAAUACACCACGACAACAUGCAGAUGGAAAUUCUCAUACCGACUGCGAUCGCAAUCAAGAUCUCAAGCAACAAGCUGCUAUCCAGAAGCGCGAUAGUAUCGCAACGAGUGAUGUCUCACGUUCGCCUCUCAGUUCGUCCAAUUCAGAUUUGAAUGUGAGUUCGUGUUCUGAUUUGCGGUCAAGAUUUGCUGACGAGCCGUUAUAUCAAUUUUAUACCGAAUCUGUAACUCAGCUGACUACGAAUGCGUCGAUGCGCGAACACGACUCAAACAAUUCGGAUGAUGAUGGUUACGCAGAAAUCAGUUCAUCGACGAGCAGGCCUUCGGCUAUGGAACUGAUUACACCGUGUCCCAACGGCCAUGGCCAGUAUCGUUCGUUAUGGUGCGAAGUGGACGAAGUGAAACACAGUGGAAUUUUGGAACGGCUCAGCAUCAGCCAGCAAAAGCUUCAGGAGGCCAAGUUUGAAGUGAUCACUUCGGAAGCGUCUUAUUAUAAAUCGCUAUCGGUGUUGGAUAAAUUAUUCGCCAACGAUACGCGAUUACGCGACCAAAAUUUACUUUGCAAAAACGAUUGGAAAAUAUUGUUUGGAAAUGUUGCAGCUGUGAGAAAAUGCUCGGGAAUGUUACUAUCGGAUUUAGAGAAAUGUUGGCAAGACGACAUAAUGCUAGCUGGUUUGAGCGAUGUGAUUUACGAGCACGCGUCGAAAAAUUUCAAAAUUUUCGUCAAAUAUUGCUCCAAUCAAAUUUAUAUAGAUCGAACAUUGAAAAAACUCAGGAAGGACAAUGUAGCUUUUGUGGAAUUGAUCAACAGAUUGGAAGCGGAUCCUAUUUGCCAGUCUUUGAGCCUGCAUUCUUUUUUAAUGCUACCUAUGCAACGAAUCACCAGAAUGCCUUUACUAGUGGACGCCAUUUUUUCAAAAUUACAUCCGAUACACGACCAGCCCGAUUAUAAAACUUUCAAAACUACUCUAGCCAAAUUGAACAAGAUUGUCAAAGAGUGUAAUGAAAAUGCCAGAAAAUUCGAACGAUACGAAGAAAUGCUUUUACUCAGUCAACAGUUGGAAUUUUCGCGCAAGGACGUUAAAAUGUUUUCGGUCGCUUCGAGUUCGCGAUGGUUAGUCAAAUCUGGCCCUUUGACGUAUUUAAAUCCACCCGACGCCAAGCUUACCAUCACACGCAAGUUGACCAAAAAUACCAUCAAAUUUUAUUUCUUCCUGUUCAACGAUAUACUUGUCAUUGCCAAGAAGAAAAGCGAGGACAGCUAUGCGGUAGUGGACUAUUGUUUAAGAAACGUAAUGCAAAUGAACCUACUGGAUGAUUCGCACUCAUCGUCAUCAUCAUCGCAGCCGAGUUUAGUCAAUCUGUAUUUGCCGCAUCGAUAUCUGCUAUUGCUGACAAUUUUGGAAAAUCACGAGGGUAAAAUGAUCGAAAUGGUUUUAAGCUGUGAUUCGGAUUCGACUCGUCAACGAUGGUUGGAAGCUUCGUAUUCUCGUCUAACCUCCGAUAAUCCCGAAGAGAAAUUGUACGAAGAAUGGGACUGUCCGCAAGUGUUGACUGUGCACGAUUACACCGCCAAUCAACCCGACGAAUUGUCAUUGCAAAAUGGAGACGUUGUCAAAGUACUGAAAAAAACCACUGAUGGUUGGUACCACGGCGAAAGAAUACGAGACGGAAUUAUAGGUUGGUUUCCUGGAAACUAUACCGUCGAAGUCGCUUCGCAACAUACGCGAGCUAAGAAUUUAAAAUUACGUCAUCGAUUAUUAACUUUAUCGGCCGAUUUUUUGCACAAUCAACAACAAAAGUAAUCACCACAGCAGAAGCCGAUUAAAAGUAUCGUUGAUGGUCAAAUUUUUCAAAUUUUUGUGGGCCUGUACGAAUACCUGGCAGGAGUUCAAGUCACAUCCGUCGACGAUUAGAUAAAUAUUCUUACUCAUUAUUAUCGUCGUCAUCGUCAUCGUAACGAUAAAUUACCUAUUUCUUUAAAAUUAUCAUUAUUAUUGUUCUUCGUUUUAUUUAUCUCGUAAGUUUUCGCUACUGUGAUACAAUUUCUACCUACUUAUUUUAAUCUAAAAAUACUCUUAUCGCCAUUUCUUUUUUGUUUCCAUUUUUUUUUCUCGUUUUUAAUUUUUUUUACUCUCAUUUUUCAUUAUUGGCUUAUGGCUUACGUCUGCAAACACCGCAGGUACCACCGAAUAAAUUACCUACUUAACACUUACAUAAGGUUAUAUUACGCAUGUCGCAUACCGAAUGUUAUCUUUGUUUAUAUUUUUACAUUUCGUUUACAUACAGAUUAGGUACCUACUUCUUGAGAUGAAAAAGAAAUGUAUUCUCGAUUCGAUGGGGGGGGGAGGGGGGUUGCCCGUCCACAAAUUUCCAUGUCGGUUUACGGUCACAGUUCAAAAAUUGAUUCCCAAUAAAAAUAAGACGACUUGAGGAAUUCGUAAAAUCAUUUUUCGAAAAAUUUCACAUUUCGAUUUUUUUUUUGUCUACAGCUUUUUACCGGACCUGUAGUCGUUUAUUUUGAAAACAAGAACACGUCUCAUCAUUUUUCAUUUUUAUAUGCCCCGUUUAAAUUUCACAUACCUAUACUUACGCGUAAGUACCUACCUAAUUAAUUACUUAAUUAGGUACUCGGGCGUUAAUGUUAGUCAACAUUGUUAACCAGGUAUAUGUUUAUUAUUCAUUUAUGCGUUCUUAUUUGAAUUACUCGUAGGUAGCCAUAGCCAUAGCCACGUAGUACGUGAUGCCCAGUAAUUCAUUAUGUUUCAGUACCUCUGCGCGUUUACCUAUUUUAGUCAUCGAAAAUGGUUUAUCUUUAAGUAGCUAACUAGUAGUAGCUUUAAUUUGACGUAUUUAUUCUUUUUUAAAUGUCUACUUAUCUUAUAAGUAUGAAAUUUUCGUUUAUCGUAUGGUAGUCAACCAAAUAAAGGUGCUCGUUUUCCUUUUU